CUGGGUUGGAAGCUAAAAAGGAGAGAAAAGAACUACUUUUGUAGAGACCAAACGGAUUUGGGAGGAUGGAAUUUUUAUCUGCCCUAGUGGCACCGAUUCUUGAAAGACUUGUAAAACCAGUUUUGGAUGAGAUUGGAUAUGUGUUUCAGUACAAAAGCAAUAUGGAAAGUUUCACAAUGAAAGUGGAGCGGGUAAAGGAUAUGAGAGAUGGGGUGAAAGAGAGAAUUGAGGUGGAGGAGAGAAACCUGCAGUCUAUUGCACCCGAUGUUAAGGGAUGGCUAGAUGAAAUAGAGAAAAUUACUGCCAAGGAAGAGAGCAUUUUGGAAAAGAAAGCUGAGGUUGAAAAAGGCUGUUUUAACGGCUAUUGCCCAAAUCUUAAGUUGCGUUAUACAUUGAGUAAGAAAGCCAAGAAAGGGGCGAAGGUUGCGGUUGAACUCAUAGUGGAAGGUUCCAAAUACUCGAGUUUUUCCGUUCCUGCACCUCCUUUGCAGGUUGAAUUUAUUGGGCAUAGACAAUACAUAGAGUUUGAAUCUAGAAAGUCUAAUGAAGAGGAAAUAGUUGAAGCACUCAUGGAUGGUGACAUUAACUUGAUUGGGAUUUGUGGUAUGGGGGGAGUAGGAAAGACAAUGAUGGCCAGAAAGGUAGGAAAAAGAAUGACGGAAGAGAUGAUGUUUGAUGAGUUUGUAUUGGUAGCUGCUAGUCUAACACCAGACCCCAAAAAAAUUCAACAAGAAAUUGCAGAAGGAUUAGGCCUCCAAUUAAAAGAAGAGAACCCAACACUUCGAGCGAAUAAGCUUCAGAGGAGACUGGCUUUAAAAAGGACUCUCAUAGUUCUAGAUGAUAUUUGGGCAAGACUAGAUUUGGAGGAACUAGGCAUUGCUUUUGCACUUGCAGAAAAGUGUAAAGUCAUACUAACUUCUCGACACCGAGACACAUGUGCUCAAAUGGACGCUCAGAAGAUUGUGGUGAUUGAAAUUUUACAGCAAGAUGAAGGUUGGAGUCUUUUCAAAGAAAGAGCUGGGAGUUGUGUGAGUGAUCCCGAUUUACAUCCUAUAGCAAGAGAUGUUUCAAGGGAAUGCAGUCAUCUACCACUUGCGCUCACAACUGUUGGAAGGGCACUGAGAGACAAAAGUCAGCAUUCUUGGGAGGAUGCCCGUACACAAUUGAGAAGAGCUGCGCCAAUUAAUAUUCCAGAAGUGUUGAAGGAAGUGUAUCAACCGCUCGAGUUAAGUUACCAACUUUUGGAAAGCAAUGAGGCCAAGUCUCUCUUUCUACUUUGUUCUUUAUUUCCAGAAGAUUAUUGUAUUCCAUUGGAAUUCUUGAUUUGGUACGGUGUCGGGCUAAGGGUAUUUGAAAACAUCACAAGUUUGGAAGAAGCGAGAACUAGGGUAUAUAGAUUGGUUGAGAUACUUGAGGAUCGGUUCUUGUUAGAUGAUGCAGCUGAAGGCCGGAGAAAGUGUUCACUAGUUCAGUAUGAUAAAUAUGUCAAAAUGCAUCAUGUUCUUCGAGAUGUAGCUAUAUAUAUUGCCAACAAGGAAGACACUGUUCUUAUCAUGACUAAUGAUGUUGAGUUGCCCAAAGAAAUUUCUUAUGAGAAUCUCGCUUGCAUUUCAAUUGUUUCAAAUGCAUUGACUAUGCUUCCGGAAACCUUGAUAUGUCCCAACCUUGAUGUCUUAAGGUUAGAAUGCGGCAAUGAAAGAUUGGAAAUACCUAAGAAAUUUUUUUAUGGGAUGCCAGGACUUGUAGUGCUGGAUAUGCCCGGGAGCUAUUUUCAUUCAUUGCCGCCAUCACUUGGGGGUUUGAGAAACCUUCGAGUAUUGUAUUUGGACAAUCAUCAUGUUGAGGAAAUUUCCAUCAUAGGCAAGCUUGUAAAUCUUGAAAUACUCAUUUGCUUCUGUCGUGCUAGAGUACUGCCUGUUGAAAUAGGAAGACUGGUUAAUCUGAGGGUCCUAAAUUUGGGGGACACUUGCAUCCAGAUAGUUGCCCCGGGGAUAAUCGCUAACCUAACCCGUCUGGAAGAAGUGUACAUGAUAAAUAAUAAUUGCAGAUGGGAAGGUGCUGGAGGACGUGAGGGGUCGAAUGCAACUCUCCAUGAGCUAGGUACCUUACCAAAUUUAACAGCUUUGGAGAUUCAGAUACUUGAACCAAGCCUUCUACACACAAACAUAUCCUUUCGCUCCUUUCCAAAGAAAUACUUUGUGUUUAGCUCUUCAUAUUACCUACGGGAAGGCCACUUGCAGAAAGCUAUGUAUCUGUCUCUUCCCCUCUUGGCUCCAUUGGGCAAUUGGGUUCGUGUCUUGCUAAGAACUGCCCAGGAUCUUUACUUAGAUGACAUUGGAUCAAAGAUUGCGAUAGAUGAAUUGGUGCCAAAGAACUUUUGUUAUGUGAAGAAACUUAUACUUCAAAACUGUAGUAAAGUGGAAUUCCUGGCGAACACAACUAUGGUGCCACUGGAAAGUUCUGUUUUCCCAAUCCUAGAGUCUCUCUGUCUCUUGAAUCUCAUCAACUUCAAGAAGAUAUGCAAUGGUCCAUUUCCAGCAGGUUCCAUGGAGAGGCUUAGUCACCUCGAAGUCAUUGCACUUCCCAAAUUGAUCACUUUAUUGGAGGAACCAACUCAAAGAGUUAUGCUUCGAAAUCUCCAAGGCAUUUUAAUAGAUGCAUGCCCUCAAUUACAGAAUCUUCUUUCACUCCCAAUGACUAGAGGUUUGGUGAAACUGAGAGAUCUUGAUAUAUACGAUUGUGAAUCUAUGCAAGAAGUCUUUUCAAAUGGAAGAGAAAGUGGGCAUGCGGCACAGAAGGUCACGUUCCCCAAACUAAACCAUUUGAAACUUCAAAAGUUACCAAACCUUACUAGUUUUUGCCAGGGCGUUGAAGAUAUUGAGUUCCCGCAAUUAAGAUACUUGGAGAUUACAAACACACCAAAAUUUAAGAGUUUCUGCGAUUCAGAGAGCUCAGAUGAUUUGGAAGGCCAUUCUCUCUUUAACCAACAGGUCAAAUUUGAUUGCCUAAAGAGAAUCAUACUAAAAGGAUUGGAUAGAGUGACAGAUAUAGGAGGCUGCUCUUUUAUUGAACUUGAAAGUUUGAGGAUAGAGUCGUGCAACAAUCUGACGAGGCUAUUUUCUCCCUCAGUUGCUAAGGCCUUCGCCAAUCUCAAGGAAAUGGAAAUCGGUGACUGCCUGCAAAUGGAAGAAGUAAUUUCAAAUGAGAGACGACAACAGAAACGAGACAGCACAACACUGCUUCCCAAGUUGGAGAAGCUGAAAAUAGCACACCUACCUGAGCUCCGGGUCUUUUGGCAAGUGGAGCGUGAUUUAGAGUUGCCAUUGUUAAAGGAUUUGGAGAUUGACGAUUGUCCUAAAAUGAAAGCCUUCACUCAUGGGUCACUCUACACUCCGAGCCUUAAUCAGCUCAUGAUAAAUCGGAAAAUCAUCAAUAAUCUGGACAUUAAUGUUGCCCUGCAACAAUAUGCACCAUGAAAGCCAAGGAUGGAGCUAAACAGUUGUGGUACGUUUUGAUCAUCUCCUGUACUCUCCUGGUUAUGUUUGUAGUAUGCCAUAUGCUCUCUCUCUCUCUCUCUCAUUAAUGAUUUCUUUAUUCAUAGAUGGCAAGAAGUAUGUGCUCUACAAUGAGAAUAAUGGUUGAUCUUAUACUGGGGCAAUGUUGGUUUUGGAAUUGGUACAGAGAAGUAUAAAUUCUACUAUGCGGACUCUCAAAUUCUACUUUCUGAUGCGGCCAGCAUGGAUAAGGUAUCUUCAUUCUGUGGGUCCCAUGAAAAUGUGUCUACAUCAAAGAUUUGAAAAUAGGGAGCAGAAGUUGAGAUCGGAAUACAUGUAGUAUUUUCCGGAAAGUAUUAAAUGUUGGUGUGAUUUUCUCCUUUCCCCUUCAUCCUUUUUUGUUCA